AGUGCGUAAAAUAUAGUUUUGUUUGUGUCAGAAAGGCGUGAAGUCAGCUGGUUUACGAUAAGAGGCGAUGCUCGCCUGUUUUCGCAGAUACUGAGAAUUACUGGCGGAGCCUUUAGAUGCGCUGCACUGCUGAGCUAAAGUUUUGAGUUGAAGAUGACCUCAAAGAAUUUCCGACUGGAUGAUUUUAUUGCAGGAUGGAUCGGCGGCGCUUCCAGUGUGGUCGUAGGACAUCCGCUGGACACAGUGAAGACGCGACUCCAGGCAGGAAAAGGGUACCAGAGUACGCUCCAUUGCAUCUUGACCAUCUACAGGAAGGAGACGGUGGCCGGGUUCUUUAAGGGCAUGUCUUUCCCGCUCGCCAGCAUCACUGUCUACAACUCAGUUGUGUUUGGCUUCUUCAGCAACACUCAGAGACUCAUAAGCAAGUAUCGCUAUGGGGACGGACGCCAUCCCAGCGGCAUGCUGGACCUGACUGUGGCCAGCAUGCUGACCGGACUCAUGUCAGUGGGCCUCGGCGCUCCAGUGGACCUGGUAAAGAUCAGACUGCAGAUGCAGACGCAGAUGGUUCUGGCAGAGAACCUCCAGCUGGCUGGUAACGUGCCCAAUGGCACCAACAUCCCCCUGCGCUCCGUCGACAUUCCCAACCAGCAACUCUACAGAGGCCCGAUCCACUGCAUCAGCACCAUCCUGCAGACCGAGGGAAUACAGGGACUUUACAGAGGAGCCGGGGCCAUGAUUCUGAGGGACGUCCCAGGAUACGCGCUUUAUUUCAUCCCCUAUGCCAUCUUCUGUAACUUACUGACCCCGUCCACCUCGUCCAGCCCUCAUCCCAUCUCCAUCUGGCUCGCAGGAGGAUUAGCAGGGUCCAUUUCCUGGGUCACGGCCACUCCAGCUGACGUGGUGAAGAGCCGAAUGCAGGCCGAUGCCCAGCUGCACCGGAAAUAUAAGGGAGUUUUACACUGCAUUGUCCAAAGCUACAGAACCGAGGGUGCAGAGGUUUUCUUCCGGGGAGCUUCAGUAAACGCCAUCCGAGGCUUCCCGAUGAGCUCCACCAUGUUUCUGAUGUACGAACUCUCGCUGCAGUUCUUCAGGGGUCACUAAGACUGCAAGGAUUCGGCUGUUUGGGAGGAGAGUGAACCGGAGCCGGUUGGCUUAAGACGAGAGAUUGUGAGCACUUUAGAGUGGCUGAGUCAGCAGCUUUUAAUCAAAUGUUUUAGGUCUAUCAC